CAAUCAAAAUGUGAGUUAUUCCAUUUAAUCAAUUCAAAAAGAGGGAUUUCAGGUCUGGAAGAGGAAUCUCCAAUUUCCACGAUUAUCACCAUGCCACGUCCUAUCGGCUAUCAGAUGGCGGGAAAACGAAUGCGUCACGUGCGAGUCACACGCCUCCUCUCCAACUUUUCAUACACCCGCCCCCGCCAUUUCUAGACGCGCCCUGCAAAGUGCAAACCCUCGCUAUCUUGCACCGCUGCGCAUUUUAGUAGCAGGGUGGGGGAACCGGUGAACCAGGGUGUCACUGUCCCUGCAAAACUUCGCAAUCCCAGACUCUACGCGUGGAAUUAGGUUUAGGGAUUCACAUUUAGGGAUUUGUUCGCAAGCAUCAGAUGGGGAAUAAGGUCAAAAACGAGUUGUUGUCCACCGUCCGAUCCGUCGUCGGCUCGGACUACUCUGACAUGGACAUAAUCAGAGCCCUUCACAUGGCCAACAACGACGCCACCGCCGCGAUCAACAUAAUCUUCGACACUCCAAACUUCAAAUCAAAAGAAUUACCGGCCGUUUCCAAAGCCCCCAAAACUCCUCGCCGCAACUCAGCUCCCGAGCCCAGCACCCCCGUCUCGAGUUCGAAGCGAAACGGCGGAGAGAACCGGAGUUUUCGUUCUUUAGCCGACGAAGCAAAUGCUUCCGAUUGCGCUUCUGACUCAGGCGAGGGUUUUGUCGAGGAUGUGAGUCGGCGAGAGAGCUCGGACGGUAGCGAGUGGUGGUUCAUUGGCUGUGGUGAAGUUUCGGGGCUGUCGACGUGUAAAGGGAGGAGAGUAAAGCCUGGUGAUGAAGUGGUGUUCACGUUUCCUCUGAGGAGUAGUUCUAGCUCGCCUUCGUUGGGGAAGGUUUUUGGGAGAGGGCGACAGCACGCUGCGGCUUGUUCGGAGAUUGUGAGGUUCUCUACUAAAGAAUCCGGAGAGAUUGGUCGAAUACCUAAUGAAUGGGCACGGUGUCUUUUGCCGCUUGUGAGAGAUAAGAAGGUGAAGGUUGAAGGUUGUUGUAAAUCUGUUCCUGAUGUUUUGGGCAUUAUGGACACCAUUCUUUUGUCGAUAAGAGUAUAUAUCAAUAGUUCUAUGUUCCGUAAGCAUCACCAGACCUCACUCAAGGCAGCCAGCAAUGCUGCUGAGGAAUCAGUAGUUCAUCCUCUCCCAGCUUUGUUCCGGUUGCUAGGACUGACCCCUUUUAAGAAGGCAGAAUUCACUCCUGGUGACUUAUACACAAGGAAGCGCCUUUUAAACUCAGAGGAUAUUUCUGGUCUUCGAGUCUCGUUGUUACCUGUUAACAAGUCUAAGAAUCCUUCUCAAAUUGGAAAUGAAGUUGAAAAUGAGGAUUCCAUUACGGAUGUGGAUCUUGACAACAUUGUUGGUGUUGGAAGUAGCUCUGAGUUAGAGGAAAUGGACCCCCCUGGAACUGUUCAGUGUGAACUUCGACCAUACCAAAAGCAAGCUCUUCAUUGGAUGGUUCAGCUGGAGAAGGGACAACGAAUGAAUGAGGCGGCAACAACACUUCAUCCAUGUUGGGAGGCAUACCGUCUUGCUGACAAGAGGGAGUUAGCUGUCUAUUUGAACGCAUUUUCAGGCGAUGCUACUACAGAAUUUCCAAGCUCACUUCAAAUGGCCAGAGGAGGAAUUUUGGCUGAUGCAAUGGGGCUUGGGAAGACCAUAAUGACCAUAUCCGUCCUUGCUCAUUCAAAAAGGGGUGGAUCAUCAGGUAGUCAGCCCUCAGGUGAAGGAAGUGAUGUGAGCACUAUGAUAGAUGGCUGGACUGAAUUUGAUCACCCAAAGAAGCAAACAAAAUUGUCAGGAUUUGAUAAGUUGAUGAAGCAUAAGAGUGCUCUUGUGGAUGGGGGAAACUUGAUUGUCUGUCCUAUGACUCUUCUAGGCCAGUGGAAGGCAGAGAUUGAGACUCAUGUGCGACCUGGGUCUUUGUCUCUAUAUGUUCAUUAUGGACAAAGUAGGCCAAAGGAUGUAAGAACUCUGGCUCAAAGUGAUGUUAUAAUUACCACAUAUGGAGUGCUAGCCUCAGAAUUUUCGGCAGAGAAUGGUGAAGACAAUGGUGGACUUUACUCAGUUCGAUGGUUUAGAGUGGUUCUUGAUGAGGCACAUACCAUAAAAUCCUCUAAAAGCCAAAUUUCCAUGGCAGCUGCUGCUCUAGUUGCUGAUCGCCGCUGGUGUCUAACUGGCACCCCUAUCCAGAACAAUCUGGAGGACAUUUACAGUCUUCUUAGGUUUUUGAAGGUGGAACCAUGGGGAACUUGGGCAUGGUGGAACAAACUCAUUCAAAAACCAUUUGAGGAGGGUGAUGAGAGAGGGUUGAAGUUGGUUCAGUCCAUUUUAAAGCCGAUCAUGUUAAGGAGAACAAAAUUUAGCACUGAUCGAGAAGGCAGGCCAAUUCUCAUUCUUCCUCCAGCUGAUAUUCAGGUUAUCUAUUGUGAACUCACAGAAAGUGAAAAAGACUUCUAUGAGGCCUUGUUUAAAAGAUCCAAGGUGAAAUUUGAUCAAUUUGUUGAGCAAGGACGGGUUCUUCAUAAUUAUGCUUCCAUAUUGGAGUUACUUUUACGUCUUCGCCAAUGUUGUGAUCAUCCAUUUCUUGUGAUGAGUCGAGGUGAUACACAAGAAUUUUCUGAUUUGAAUAAGCUAGCUAAACGUUUCCUCAAGGGCAGCCACAAAGCCCAAGAAGGGGAAGCUAAAGAUGGGCCUUCGCUAGCUUAUGUUCAAGAGGUUGUGGAAGAGCUGCGUAAAGGGGAACAAGGAGAGUGUCCAAUAUGCCUUGAAGCAUUUGAAGAUGCAGUAUUGACACCUUGUGCUCACCGCUUAUGCCGGGAAUGCUUAUUGGCAAGCUGGCGAAAUCCUACCUCUGGUUUAUGUCCUGUUUGUAGGAAAAACAUCAGUAGGCAAGAUCUUAUUACAGCCCCAACUGAGACUCGCUUCCAGAUUGAUGUUGAGAAAAAUUGGGUGGAGUCAUCCAAAGUUGUUGUUCUCUUGCGUGAACUUGAAAAUCUUCGCAUGUCAGGCUCUAAGAGCAUUGUCUUCAGCCAGUGGACUGCCUUUCUUGACCUCCUGCAGAUUCCUCUUUCCCGGAGUAACAUUCCCUUUGUUCGUCUGGAUGGGACACUAAGUCAGCAGCAGCGGGAAAAAGUAUUAAAGCAGUUUUCAGAAGAUAGCAACAUCCUGGUGUUGCUGAUGUCUUUGAAGGCUGGCGGAGUUGGAAUAAAUCUAACAGCAGCUUCCAAUGCCUUUGUCUUGGAUCCAUGGUGGAAUCCUGCUGUAGAGGAGCAAGCUGUCAUGCGCAUUCAUCGGAUUGGACAAACUAAAAGAGUGAUGAUCAGACGGUUCAUUGUGAAGGGAACUGUUGAGGAGAGAAUGGAAGCAGUGCAAGCACGCAAGCAGCGGAUGAUUUCUGGUGCUUUGACCGAUCAAGAAGUUCGAACUGCACGCAUUGAGGAAUUGAAGAUGCUGUUUACUUAGACCAGUCGAGAAAUUAGGGCUGUUCCUUCACCUGAUAUCUUUCUAUGAGAAUUCUCUUUAGCUCUAAGAGCUCUAGAGAUAAACGUGUUUACGACCGCAGCAACAGCUCUAGAGAUAAACGUGUUUACGACCGCAGCAACGGAACUUGAAGGAAGUUCACUUGAGGCUAUUUACAACAUACUUAAUUCAAUUCUUGCAGGGGCAGAUGAGAGGCUGGUUAGAGUUUUUGGCUAUGCAAUUAUCUUGCAUGCUCAUGUAACAUAACUGUGGUUGUUGAAAUGGGGGCUAAUUUAGGUAUUUGGAUGUGUACAGAAUGGAACCGAUUUUGAUUUACAGAUAAUAUUUUAACUUGCUCCAGAUGGACAGUAUUGGAAAUGCAAUUUUUAA